CAUUAUUUCAGAAUAAUGAAAGACGUGCAAAAGUUUUGGCUAAAAUUAAAUAAUAGUUGUUCAAUCAAGGAUCAACAACAAAGCGGCUGCAAUAUUUUGAAAAAAAAGAAAAGAAAAAUGACCCGAUUUAAUAAUGAAUUGUCAACUUCUUCAACGUCUUCGACGACUACGACGGCGACAACAUCGACAACGACAACUGCAACAACGAUAAUGGGUAAAACUUGUUCUUCAGCUGCAGCUGCAACUACUGCUACUUCUGCUGCUUCUCUUUCAUCUUGUUCAUCAUCAUCAUCAUCUUCGUCGUCUUCAUCAUCAUCAUCAUCAUCAUCACCAUUAACAAUCGAUAUUGAUAAUGAAAAACCACGAGUAAAAUUAAUUGGUCAACCAUGUGGUCAUCGUGGUUCAUAUACAUUUUAUAAAGCAUUUAGUUAUCGUUAUCAAUCUGAACAAUAUGAACGUAUUCUAAUGUUGGGUGAAUUUUUUUUCAUUCGUAUAUCACCAAAUGAUGAUCCUUGUAUUGGUGAAUUACAAUUAGUUUGGGAUGAUCAUCAACAUGAUCAACAAUUAUCAUCAACAAGACUUUAUUUUUUACCUGAACAAACACCGGAUGGUAGAUUAUCACAUCAUGGACAGCACGAAGUAAUGGCUGCACAUGAUAAAGUUAUUUUAAAAUUAACUGAUCUUGUUACAUGGAUAACACAUAAAGUAGAUUGGAUUGCUGGUUCAUCAUAUCAAUGGAAACCAUCGAAACAAGAUGAUAAACAUUCAUCCAAAUCAUCAGAAAUAAAUACCAAACAACAACAACAACAACAACAAAAAUUAUCACCAUUAGCAUUUAUUCAUAAUCAAAAUGUGAUACGACAACGUACAUUAGAUUCAUCACCAUUAUUAACAUUACAACGUUUUAUAUCAAGUUCAUGUAAAAUUAUUUGUAAUAAACAAAAUAAUAAUGAAUUACCGAUUAUAACAACAACAACAACAACAACAUCAUUAUCAUCUAACAACAACAACAACAACAACAAUAAUCAUUGCAUUCAACUGAACGGUGAUAGUAAUAAUGAUAAUAAUAAUAAUAAUAAUAAUUGCCGUUCAUUUCAAUCAAGUCGUGUAGAUUUUUCUGAUAUUAUUCCAUUGAAAUUAAAAGCAAAUGAACAACAAAAUGAUCUUUCAACAAUAGUAGUAUUAUCAUAUAAUCGUUAUUGUCGUUAUCGUAAUCUAUUGAAACGUAUUGAAGGACAAGAAGAAAAUAAAUUAUUAUUUGAUAAUAAUAAUUUAUUACAGAAUUUAUUAAUCGAAUUAGGUAUUCCACAACAACGAAAUGAAAUUGUACAUAUUUUAUUCUGUCGUGAUACAUUUAAUCAUGAUGGAUUAUUGAAUAAUGAUCUCAAUUGUGAUCAUCUAGCUCCUAAAUUCAAAGGUCGUCCGAAAAAACGUAAACAUAAAAUUAUACAGAGGCCAUCAUCACCCGAAUCGAUUAGUAGUUCGGAAGAGAAUGGACGAUUAUUUUUACCACGUCGUACUAGACGUACAACAGCUGCUUCAUCAUCAACAACGACAACGACAACAACAUUGACCAAUGAUCAACCGAUUUCAAUUGAUAAACAUCAUAACCAUUCACAUCAUCUUCAUCAUCAUAAUCAUCAUCACCAUCAUCAUCAUCAUCGUCAUCAUCGAAGAAAAGGAAAAAAGUGUCAACAACAACAACAACAGCAAACGACAAAAUCAACAACAAAAUUUAAAAAUCAAGAAAAAUCUCAUACAAACAAUGGUGAUAAUAGUAACGAAGAGAAUGAUGAUUUGUUUGAAUUGAAAAAAACAAAUAACAACAAUGACAAUAGACGAAAUAUUACGGAUAAAGAAAACAAUAAAAUGGCUGCAAAUAGAUCGAAUAUAAAUAAUAGAAAAGCUAUUGAUACGUCAAAUAAUAAUAAUAAUAUUUUGGAAAGGAAGGAAAAUUUUCUUAGAGAAUUGAAUAAAUUUAUGACCAAACGUAAUACACCGAUACAACGUGUACCUAAUAUGGGCUUUAAGAAAAUCGAUCUAUAUCUUUUCUUUACACAAGCAAAAAAAUAUGGUGGAUAUGAAAAAAUAACUAAACAACGUUUAUGGAAAAAACUUUAUGAUGAUUUAGGUGGUAAUAAACGUAGUACAAGUGCUGCAACAUGUACACGUAGACAUUAUGAAAAAUUAUUAUUACCAUUUGAAAGACAAUUGAAUGGUUUACCAGAUAAACGUUAUCAUUAUUCAUCUAAACAACGAAAACAACAAAUGUGCAAUGAAAAAAAUGAUGAUAAUGAUGACAACGAUGACGAUGAUGAAUCAAAAGAAUCAGGAGAUGAUGAUGAUGGU